UUUUUAACUGUAGCUUAAAAUUAAUAAUAACUUAGAAAUUGAUAUUUUAAAUAUAUUGGGUCAGUUGUUUCUUUGGUUUUUCAAGUUGGAGAGCUUUACAUCAUUGCAAUUUUCUGUGAAUAUAUGAGUUUUGAUAAAGAAUUUAAAUGAAAACAAACUAACUAUCAUCAAAAAAGAAUACUUCCAAAGUCUCAAGAUUUUGACUAAUUUGAAACUUAGCAAUAAUCUCAUACUUUCAAUAGAGGAUGGUUCCUUUGCCGAAUUAAGCGCACUGACAAAAUUAGAAUUAGAUCAUAAUCGACUCGCUUCUAUUGGAAAUGCAAUGUUCUCGUCCCUGAAAAACCUAAAUUAUCUGGGUCUUAGCAAUAAUCGCAUCUCAUCAAUAGAGGGUGGUUCCUUUGCCGAACUAAGCGCACUGACAAACUUGUUUUUAGGCUUCAAUGACAUAUCAACAUUAGACAGUGGUUCCUUUUCAGGACUAAGCGCUUUGAUGUUUUUAGGAUUAGAUGGUAAUCGACUCACUUCUAUUGGAAAUGCAUUGUUCUCGUCCCUGAAAAACCUAAAUUAUCUGGGUCUUAACUAUAAUCGCAUCUCAUCAAUAGAGGGUGGUUCCUUUGCCGAACUAAGCGCACUGACAAACUUAGAAUUAGAUGAUAAUCGACUCACUUCUAUUGGAAAUGCAAUGUUUUCGUCCCUGAAAAACCUAAAUUAUCUGGGUCUUCACAAUAAUCUCAUCUCAUCAAUAGAGGGUGGUUCCUUUGCCGAACUAAGCGCACUGACAUACUUGUUUUUAGGCUUCAAUGUCAUAUCAACAUUAGACAGUCGUUCCUUUUUAGGACUAAGCGCUUUGAGAUAUUUGGGUCUUAACUAUAAUCGCAUCUCAUCAAUAGAGGGUGGUUCCUUUGCCGAACUAAGCGCACUGACAGACUUAGGAUUAGAUGGUAAUCGACUCACUUCUAUUGGAAAUGCAAUGUUUUCGUCCCUGAAAAACCUAAAUUAUCUGAGUCUUAACUAUAAUCGCAUCUCAUCAAUAGAGGGUGGUUCCUUUGCCGAACUAAGCGCACUGACAGACUUAGGAUUAGAUGGUAAUCGACUCACUUCUAUUGGAAAUGCAAUGUUUUCGUCCCUGAAAAACCUAAAUUAUCUGAGUCUUAACUAUAAUCGCAUCUCAUCAAUAGAGGGUGGUUCCUUUGCCGAACUAAGCGCACUGACAGACUUAGGAUUAGAUGGUAAUCGACUCACUUCUAUUGGAAAUGCAUUGUUCUCGUCCCUGAAAAACCUAAAUUAUCUGGGUCUUAACUAUAAUCGCAUCUCAUCAAUAGAGGGUGGUUCCUUUGCCGAACUAAGCGCACUGACAAAAUUAAGAUUAGAUGAUAAUCGACUCACUUCUAUUGGAAAUGCAAUGUUUUCGUCCCUGAAAAACCUAAUUUAUCUGGGUCUUAGAAAUAAUCACAUCUCAUCAAUAGAGGAUGGUUCCUUUUCUUACCUAAGCGCAUUGACAGAAUUAUCAAUCACUCUUGAUGAAAAUUUUCUAUGCUGCUCUCGUCUUUAUUAUGAGAAUUUAAAUUAUAAAAGUGAACGUUGCACUUAUGAGGGGGAAAUCAAAGAAUACAACACUUUUGAGAAAAACAAAUGUGUUGCUUUGAAGCCUACGAGUUCUACUGCUCAAAGCACUCAAGCCACUAAGCCUAUAAUUUCACCUCCUCUUUUACUAACCAGGGCAGCGGCAGCAUAUAGAAUUUCUAAUUGUUAUGUAUUGCUAGCGCUAAGCUUAGUCCUUGCCUGGUUUUCUUAAGCAUACAUAAUAAAUUAGUGUUUCUCAGGAUAUAUAAAUUUGCGAAUGAUGACUACGAACUUCGGUAUAAAAGAAAGAGAGCCCGUUUUAUUGUCCC